UGUUCUGUUGGCUGGGAAUCCACGUGCAUUCGGGCUACCUGAGCAGUAAUCUGUGAAUCUGUUCUCCCGGACAAGCAGGCGCUGAAACAGAACCUAGACCAUACAGCUCUUUAGACUCCAGACUUCAGACCUCAGACUUCACCUGAAGUAAGCCAUUGAUGGGCUCGGACAAGGCCAGGUUCCAGCACCUAGGAUGGUGGGUCCUUGUGCUCACUGUCUUGCUGGGAGCCUGCCAGGCAUACCCCAUCCCAGACUCCAGCCCCCUCCUCCAAUUUGGGAACCAAGUCCGUCAACGGUACCUCUACACAGAUGACGCCCAGGAGACAGAGGCCCAUCUGGAGAUCAGGGCUGAUGGCACAGUGGUGGGGGCUGCCCCCCAGAGCCCCGAAAGUUUGUUGGAGCUCAAAGCCCUGAAGCCAGGUGUAAUUCUAGUUUUGGGAGUCAAGACAUCCAGGUUCCUGUGCCAGAGGCCAGAUGGGACACUGUAUGGAUCGCUCUACUUUGACCCAGUGGCCUGCAGCUUCCGGGAACUGCUUCUUGAGGAUGGGUACAACGUUUACCAGUCCGAGGCCCGAGGCCUCCCACUCCGCCUGACCCCCCACAACUCCCGGUCUUGGAACCUGGUCUCCCAGGGUCCCACCCGCUUUCUGCCACUGCCAGGGCAUCGCCCAGAGCCCCUGGAGCAUCCAAGGGUCCUGGCCCCUGAACCUCCUGAUGUGAGCUCCUCAGAUCCCUUGAGCAUGGUGCGGUCUUCGCCGGGCCAAAGCCCCAGCUACACUUCCUGAAGCCACAAACUCUUUAUUGUUGGGUCUCCUCUUUAAUUUAUUGGGUUAUUUAUCUUAUUUAUUUUUCUUACUUGGAAUAAUAAAGAAUCUGAG